AUGAAUAAUUCUCCAAGAACAUCAUUUUCUACUUUGAAAGCUCGACAUGAUGUUUGCGUCGAUGUGACUGCCCGAGAUGAUGAUCCCAACGAACCCAGCUGGGCAAAGCGAAAGGUCCAAUCCUGCCGUCGCUUUGCCUCCAAGACCAAGACAUGGAUGUCCAAGGUGCUAUUUUGGAAGACAAAGCGAGGCAGGAGCAUGUUGGCAGCUGCAGCUGUCGCCUUGUCGCUUCUUGUCUCUUCCAAUCACCAAGUUGGAGAGUCGUACCAUAAUCCUACUGCUCACAUGAACAACAAUGCUCAGGAAAUCAACGUGGUCCGAAAUUCUCCCACUCCUGAUAUCGAAAUUCGCGGAGGAGAAGCCUCCAAACCCGUUCUUCCCAUCAAGAUGGGACAAAAGAGCAAAGUGGAGAAAGCGGUAUCCACUGCCGCCGAGUCUACCUCCAAGACAUUCAUGGAAGCCAUGGUGGAACUUGGCAACUACAUGUCUGGCCCCAAGUCAGAUACCAUGUUGCUCUUGUUGGCCACUGCUUUGAUUACCCCAAUCUGUCAAAAGGCUGGCAUGUCGCCCAUUCUUGGAUUUUUGGCAUCUGGAAUGUUGUUGGGACCCAAUGGAUGGGGACUUAUCAGCGGUGUUCAUACCACUGAGACUCUGGCUGAACUCGGUAUUGUCUUUUUCCUUUUUGAAAUGGGAAUCGAAUUGAGUGUUGACCGUUUGUUGAGUAUGAAGCGUGAUGUCUUUGGACUUGGCUUGAGUCAAUUCUUGUGUACAGCCCUUGCUGUCGCUGGUGUUGGAAAGAUGGUUGGUCUUCCUGGCCCUGCCUUGGUGGUUCUUGGCGGAGGUAUUGCGCUUUCCAGUUCCGCCUUUGUCUUGCAAUUGCUCAAGGACAAGAAUCAAUUGGCCACUCGUUUUGGAAAGGCAGCCUUUGGAAUUCUUUUGUUCCAAGAUUUGGCUGUUGUUCCAUUGUUGGUCGUCACCCCCAUCUUGGCUGGAGGCGGUGGAGGUCUCGCCCAAGCUUUGGGAAGUGCUGUUUUGAAGGCUGGUAUUGCAUUGGGUACUAUCACGUUGGCAGGACGCUACUUGCUGAACCCUAUGUUUAAGACUGUGGCUUCGGCCAAGUCUCAAGAAGCUUUCCUUGGAUUAAUCCUCUUGACAGUCCUUGGAAUGUCUUUUAUGACUGAAGGUCUGGGUUUGUCGAACACUUUGGGAGCCUUCCUUGCUGGUGUGUUGUUGUCUGAAACCAAGUACCGCUACCAAGUCGAGGCUGACAUUGCCCCCUUCCGCGGUGUCCUACUUGGACUUUUCUUUGUCACCGUUGGUUUUGAAAUUGAUGUCAACUUGAUUCUUUCCAACUUGCCUCUCGUUUCUUGCGUCGUUGCUGGUAUUUUGGGUAUCAAGGCCAUCGUUACAACUCUGCUCAGUUUGGCCUUUGGAUUGAGUCUCUCUGUCUCGCAACAGACUGGUCUUAUUCUCAGUCAAGGUGGAGAAUUUGCCUUUGUCGCCUUUGGUCUUGCCAGAUCGCUUGGUAUCCUUGACAAACCCACCACGAAACUCAUGUUGACAUGCGUCAGUUUGACCAUGGCCUUAACCCCUGCCAUGAGUUCCAUUGGUGCUGCUGUUGCCAAGAAGCUUGAAGAAAACAGUGACUUCACCCAUUACCUUGGAGAAGAUCGCGAUGCCAAUGAAAUCAAAGAAAGUGACGACUUUGCCGUGGUCAUUGGAUAUGGUGCCGUCGGAAAGGUUGUCUGUGACUUGCUUGAUCGCAAACUUUCCAAGUACGUCGCUAUUGAAGUAGACCCGAACAAGGCCAUUGCCGCCAGAAACGCUGGUCUUCCAGUGUUUUAUGGAGAUAUCGGUCGCCAAGAAGUUGCCGAUGCCUUCAAUGUCGGCAAGGCAAAGGCAGUCAUUGUUUGUAUUUCGGACCAAGCGGAAUGUACCCGUGCUGUCAUUGCCUUGCGCCGAUGGUACCCUGAUGUAAAGAUCUUUGCCCGAGCCCGGGAUAAGGACCACGCCUACCGGUUGCAAUCGACUCUCGACGUAGCUGCAAUGGUGCCAAUCCUUCCAGAGGACAACGUAUUACUGACUCUGCCAUUUGGAGGAGCCGUUCUGAAAGCGUUGGGAGGAUCCCCAGAAGAAGUUAAUGCCAUCCUGGAAACAAAGCGAAAGGAAGUUAUGAGCGGUAGGAUGUCGGAGGAUGACAUGGCUUUGGUUCAAUUGGGAAUUGAGCGGGCGAAGAAGCAACCCGUGCUAGUGAAGAAGCCAUCCCUACCAGGCGACGAGCAAGUGUUGGAAAAAGUUAUUUCCGAGGAGGAGAAAGACGAAGCAGAUAUGAAGGAUGCUAUUGCUGGGCGAUUGUCGGAAGUAUCAGCAAAGAGCCCUUUUGUAGCCGCAGUCAUUGGACAAGCCUCAGAGAAAAAGGAAGAAGAGGCCGGCCCUGCGGUUGCCACUGUUGAAGCCCCUCCAUUGGAAGUUGUGGAAGUCGAGAUUGUUGACGAGAAGGCGAACGGAGAACUUAGUGCCGAGGCCACUGAGGAUGCUAGCGGAGAGAAGACAGCUGAUUCUAGCGCAGCCUCGGAUGAUGCCUAG